ACUGCGCCCCAAACUGAGAGACGGAAAGACGGGGCUCGAGUCUCCGGUGCACCGGACAGCAAACCAGUGGGGACAGCACUGGAACAAACCACCGAACAACAGCGGGAUCCACCGUCCGUGAAGCCCCCGAGCCCCGGCGGACAGCCAGCGGGAGCGCAGCGGAGAGGAGGCGGGAGGAGAGCGGAGGCAGGCGGGGGUCCGCAGCCCGGGAGCCUGCCUGUCUGUCCACCCGCAGACGUUUUGAUGUAACAAAGACUGAGAGGACGACAUAAUGUCCCUGAGGUGGACACGUCUCCUCGUCCCGUUGGUCCUGGUCCUGUGCCGCUCGGUGUCGGCGGCCCGGUCCGACAGGAACAUGGUGUCAGAGGAGUACGUGGGCGCCACAGUGAACGCCACGGUGCUGGACGGUCGAGGAAACACCAUCCACAUGAUGAGCAGUGAUGACGGGACAUACGGACAGAACUCACCAAAGGUGGACACCAGGGGCAUCGUCAUCGCACCUGCACCGCAUCACGGAGUGGUGGACCGGCAGGGCUGCGACCCCGGCACUCGGUUCCUGGUCCCUCCUCGGAACGUCCACUGGGUGGCGCUGCUGCAGAGAGGAAACUGCACCUUUAAAGAGAAGAUCCUGAAGGCGGCGGCCUACAACGCCACGGCGGUCCUCAUCUACAACAACUCCACCAACAAGACGGUGAAGAUGGGACACGAAGGUACCGGGGACACGGUGGCGGUGAUGAUCACGGAGGCGUACGGUAAAGAGAUCCUGGCUCACCUGGAGAGGAACCUGACCGUGCUGGUCUCGGUGUUCGUGGGUCAACGCGGUUCAUCCAAAAACAUCAACCGAGGCUCGCUGGUCUUCGUCUCCAUCUCUUUCAUCGUCCUCAUGAUCAUCUCGUCCGCCUGGCUCAUCUUCUACUUCAUCCAGAAGAUCCGCUACACCAGCGCCCGCGACCGCAGCCAGCGUCGUCUUGGUGACGCAGCAAAGAAAGCCAUCGGGAAGUUGACCACGAGGACGGUGAAGAAAGGAGACAAGGAAACGGAUCCAGAUUUUAACCACUGUGCGGUGUGCAUCGAAGCGUACCAGCUGAACGACGUGGUCCGCAUCCUGCCCUGCAAACAUGUCUUCCAUAAGGUGUGUGUGGACCCCUGGCUGAACGAGCACUGCACCUGUCCCAUGUGCAAACUCAACAUCCUCAAAGCUCUCGGCAUCAUGACCAGUCUUCCCUGCGUGGACAGCGUGGUGUUGGACGUGGGGCGUCUGGGCGUCAGUCAGGCGUCCGGCAGCCAGAGGUCGACGCUGGGCGACAGCAACCAGCCGUCCAUCAGCCUGGAGCCGCUCAGCCCCCCCCACCCCGAGGCCACGCCCAGAACUCCUGCUGACAUCACCAUCGCCGUGACCAGCGGCGGUCACUUCUUCAACAGGAACUCGAUGUCUCCUCGCAGCGUCGUCUGUGAGAUGGAGCUGCCGGACAUCCAGGCGUCUCUCGACCUCUACGACGACAACAAGUCCUGAGGCCCGUCGUCAUGGUUACGUCCCCACAGCACCACUUCCUCCACCUGCAGAUGGACGGAUGACAUUUUAUGGACGCAGGAUGUGUUUAGUGUUCCCGGUGGGUCGGUGGAUGGUUAGGGGAGUCUGAAAACGACAAUUUGGACAAACUUUUAAUCAUCAUUUAAUCCAUCAGACUUUCUUCAGCCUGAGCGUAGACUCACUGUGGAUCCUGGUCUGGUUUGGACCCCAAAACUCAACACCUGUUUUUUUCUCCCAGAGGAAAAAAAACUUUGGAGGAACCAGAGUCACGGUUGCGGUAUUGUCAGUAUUGUCAGAAACAAUUUCUAAACCAAAUAAUCCCAAGAACUGACCUCCAGACCCUGAACCAGGUUCCUCUUCCAAUGUCGUGGUUGAGUUCUUUGACAAGUUCCUUGAAAAGUUGUGGAGUCCCUAAAAGUAAUGUUAUGCUCCUGGAAAAAGGUCCCUCAAAAGGCUCCUGAUCACCCCAAAAAGACGUUCUGGGUCCUUGGAAAAGUUUGUGAAUUCUUUGAACAGUACUUGGAUAGGUCCUAAAUUUGUAAAAAGGUUUCUCUGAGUUUCUGGAAAAGUUCCAGGGCUCUUUCAGGUCCUGGAACUUUUUCCGAGUAACUAACAAGGUCCCUUGGAUCCUCUAAAAAGUUUCUGGGGGUUUCUUGGUUCUGUAAAUGCUCGAGGGCCUAAAAAGGUUCCUGAAAAUGUUCCUUAAAGUUCCAAGGCACCUGGAAAAUAAUUGAAAGAUCCUGAAGAGUUCCUUGUGUUCCUUGAAAAGUGAGAGUUAUUUACCCUUUGACUCCUGGAUUGACAUCAGUUUUCUUGUGCUGCGUUCAGAUGCCUUUCACAAGCAUCGAAACCUCUGA